CUUUACUUCAAAAAUAUGGUCCAAGUAUCUUCAGAAUAUAUAUCUAUUGGCUGUAAUAAAACCGCCCAUGCUGCUUCUUGGGGAAAUAGUGGUCUUGUUGCAUUUGGUGCCGAUACCUUGAUUGCACUCUAUUCGCCUUUGAACGAAUACAGUAAAGGCGUCCAGGAAACACUUCCCGGACACAAAGGCCGUGUUAUUUGUUUAAAGUUUAUCGAAAGAGGCUCUGAGGCUAGUAUUAAGGAUGUUGCUUUGGUUUCUGGCUCUGCCGAUAACACUGCUAAAGUCUGGAAGAUUAAUGCCAGUGGAAAGUGGGUCAACUCGGCAACUUUAGAAGGACAUACUGGAGCAGUUGAAACCAUUGCUUGCAUGCGUGCUCACUCAAUUGAAGGAGAAACAGAUAUGAUUAUUACAGGUUCUUCUGAUGGUAAAAUUCGUGUAUGGGAACGUCGUGAGGUUGAUGCAGACAAAGAUGAGGUUAUCUGCAAGCAAGUCAUUGACAAUGGUAACAAGUACCCUAUGUCUUUGGCCCUUUCUUAUCUCCCCGAUAGCAAAACUCCCGUAUUUGCUAGUGGACAUACCGAUAAACUUAUUUCAAUUUACAUGUACCAAUCCAGCUCUAAUCAAUUCGAAAAGAUGCACACAUUGCAGGGUCACGAUAAUUGGGUUAGAGAUCUUUCAUUUGCGACAUACACCUCUUCUGAAGAUCUCACCACCAACAAUUUGUUCAAAAAUGGGGAUUUAAUCUUAGCUAGUGGAAGUCAGGACAAGUAUAUUCGAUUAUGGAAGAUAUCAGUUCACGUGCCUGUCGUCGAAACCAAGACCGAAGAAUCUGAUAUUGACAGCGAACUGUCUAAGGCCUUAAAGGAGACUGCAUUAUCUGAAGAGCAAUUAAGCACAAAGUCACACAUUGUCACCGUCGAUUCAAAACAGUACUCGAUCAUGUUUGAAGCAUUGUUGAUGGGACACGAUGACUGGGUGUUCAGUGUAGAAUGGCAAAGACCUUCGAUUAUUGACGGUAAGUUUAUCCAACCUAUGCGUUUGAUCUCUGCUUCGAGCGACAAAUCUAUGAUGAUUUGGAGCCCUGAUUCCGAAUCCGGUGUUUGGGUUAACGAAGCACGUAUGGGAGAUAUCGGCGGAAGCACAUACUUAGGAUUUUGUGGUGCUUUAUUCAGUCCUAACGGAAAGCAUAUUGUAUCUCAUGGUGCAAACGGCUCAUUCCAUUUAUGGAGAGACAAUUCCAACGUAAAGGGAGAGAACAAUUGGACACCAGAAGUAGCAAUUAGUGGUCAUUUCAAAUCUGUUGAGAGCCUUGCUUGGGAUCCUAAAUCGCAAUUUUUAUUAUCUGCUAGUUUGGAUCAAACAACUCGAUUAUUUGCUCCUUGGAACAGAGAUGUCAACGGCAAGAAGGUAUCAACAUGGCAUGAAAUGGGCCGUCCUCAAGUGCAUGGCUACGAUAUCAAGUGCAUUUCUUUUGUUCAUGAUUGGCAAUUUGUCUCUGGCGCAGAUGAGAAGGUGCUUCGUAUUUUUGACGCCCCCAGAUCAUGUGUAGAGAGUUUAUCCGUACUAACCGGAGAACAAAAUAUGAAGAGCGAUAUUGAAAGUCGACCUGUUGGGGCUAAUUUACCAGCACUAGGACUUUCUAACAAGGCAGUGUUUGAAGGCGAUGUUACGCGCGAUGGCGAUGUCGAGGAAAACCAUUUCACUAGCCACGCUAAGACUUCUGCCACUGUAGAAUCAUUAGCAGAGGUAUUGGUCCAUCCACCCUAUGAAGAACAUUUACUGCAACAUACAUUAUGGCCCGAAGUAGAGAAAUUAUAUGGUCAUCUUUAUGAAUUAAUCUGUGUCGAUACAACACAUGAUGGUAAAUUCAUUGCUUCUGGUUGUAAGGCUUCCAAUCCUGAACAUGCUGUGAUCCGUCUUUUUAAUACCGAGAAUUGGAAAGAAGUCAAGACAAAGAUUGAUGCACAUUCAUUGACAGCUACCCGUGUCAGAUUCUCUCACAAUGAUCGCUGGCUUUUGACUGUGUCUAGAGAUCGCUUAUGGUCAAUCUCAGAACGUGAUAUAAAUAGUGUAGAUACUCCUUAUAAGUUGGUUGCCAAAAGUAAAGCUCAUGCUCGUAUUAUCUGGGAUUGUGCUUGGAGUCACGAUGAUAAAUUAUUUGUCACUGCUUCUCGCGACAAGACUAUCAAGAUUUGGGCCCAACCAGAUGAAACUGCAUCGAAUUGGUCAUGUGUUGCCACCAUCAAAUGCGCUGAAGCAGUUACUGCCAUUGAUUUUGCUCCUGUUUCUGUGAACGGAAAAUAUGUUAUUUCAGCUGGCUUAGAAAACGGUCGUAUCCAGUUAUUGUCUAGUAUAGACAUGCAACAAGUUGAUCAAUGGGGAUUAUGGCAUAAUUUGGACGAAAGACUUUGCCAUUAUGGUGUUGUUCGUUCUCUUGCAUGGCGCCAAACAACUCGCGAUAAUUUGUUGCAGCUAGCAUCUGGUGGCGAGGAUCAUUCUGUAAGAAUUUUAAACGUAGAAUAUUAAAUACUUUUUUUUUACGGUCACCUGUACAAUAAACUAUUUACCUGACUCAAGUACAACCUUGACUA